AUGAAUCAGAUGAUGAGGAUCGGUGUGGGAGAUCCUCGUGGCUCGCAGAAACCGAUACGAAUUGUUGUGGUUGGUGAAAAUGGAACUGGGAAAUCAAGUUUGAUAAUGGCUGCAUCAGAUGCUUCUUUCCAUCCAAAGAUCCCUCCUCUGUUACCUCAUACCAAUUUACCUUCUGAGUUAUUCUCUGACCCUAUUCCCGUCACCAUUAUCGACACUUCUUCAAGACCGAAAGAUAAGGGAGAGGUGGUUAAGCAAGUUAAGGAAGCAGAUGCAAUUAUAUUGACAUUUGCGUUUGAUAGACCGGAGAGUUAUAGCCGUUUGAGUGAAUACUGGCUUCCUCUGUUUCGACAAUUAGAGGUGAGAGUCCCUAUCAUAGUCGCAGGUCAUAGAGCUGACAUCAAAAGGGAUCAUAAUCAAAGCAGCAUUGAGCAAAUAAGGACACAUAUGAUGCAACAGUUCCGAGAGAUCGAGACAUCUUUCGACUGGUCUGCUCAGGACGUAAACCAUGCCCGUUGGCUUGCUCGAGAUGUUAUCAAGCAUGCGCAACAAGCUGUUAUUCACCCUCUACGACCAAUAUAUGAUCAAGAAACCAAUUCACUAAAGCCUUUCUGUGUCGCUGCCUUAAAACGUGUAUUUAUACUCUCUUGCCAUAACAGUGAUUUUGUCCUCAAUGACGCCGACUUAAAUGAUAUUCAGGUUAAAUGCUUCAAUAAACAAUUGAUGCCUUACCAAAGUAAAGCAAUAAGAAAAACUGUGCAAGUACGGUGUCCAUUUGGAGUUAAUGAAAUAGGACUCACAUGGGUUGGCUUCUUGUUUCUAAACACAUAUCUUGUCGAACAAGGAAGAAUCAAAACAGUAUGGACUAUACUUAGGAAAUUCGGGUAUAACAACGAUUUAAGACUUGCAGAUUCUAUGAUUCCUUAUUCAUCAUUCAAACGCGAGGCUGAUCAGAGUGUUCAGUUGACAUAUGCAGCUAUUGAAUUCUUAAAGGAAGUCUAUGAGUUUUUCGAUCAAGACGAGGAUGACAACUUGGAACCUCAUGAGAUGGGAUAUAUCUUUCAAACUGCACCUGAAAGUCCUUGGAAAGAAGCUCCCUAUAAGGAUGCAGUAGAGAAAUCUAAGAUUGGAGGAUUAUCAUUUCAAGCUUUCCUCUCACUGUGGUCAUUGAUGACACUAAUAGAUCCAGCUAGGAGUCUUGAGUAUUUGAUUUACAUCAGAUACCCAUACGAUCCAUCUUCAGCGAUUCUCGUUACUAGGAAGAGAGAGCUAGAUCGCAAGGAGCAGACCUCGAGAAGAAAAGUUGUUCAGUGUUUUGUGUUUGGUCCCAAGAACGCUGGAAAAUCUGCAUUGCUCAAUCGACUUAUCGGAAGGCCAUACGAUGAUGCCAACAGAAAUGGAUCAGCUGAGGAACGUUAUGCUGUUAAUAUGGUUGACAACUCCGGAGAGAUUGCAUAUACAAAGAGAACUCUGGUGAUGAAGGAGAUUCGAUAUCCAGAAGAUGGAUUCUUGUUAUCAAGUGAAGCAUUGGCUUCUUGUGAUGUAGCAAUCUUCGUCUACGAUUCCUCUGACGAGUCCUCGUGGAAGGGAGCCAUUGAUUUGCUUGCUGAGGUUGCAACCUUUAGCAAAGACGAGGGUUUUGAGUUCCCUUGCCUUAUGGUUGCAGCAAAGGCUGAUCUUUAUCCAUUCCCAAUGGAAUUUCAAGAAUCCACUAGAGUUACACAAGAAAUAGGGAUUGAAGCUCCAAUACCAGUCAGUUCCAAAUUGGGAGAUGUCGACUAUUUGUUUCUAAAGAUCAUAGCUGCGGCCGUGCAUCCUCAUCUGUGUAUUCCAAAGAUUGAGUCAAAGAAGAAGAGGAGUUGGGAGCUAAUCAACAGAUCUCUCAUGGCGGUUUCAAUUGGGACAGCGGCUUUGGUUAUUGGGAUGGCUUCAUUUCGUCUCUACGCCGGAAGAAAGCAUAGCUAA